AUCAACUAAACUCCGUCCUAGAUAAACGAGAGCAUUUUGCUUUAAUUACUUUUAACCCCCCCUCUCUCUCUCUUCGAUACUCUCUCUACAACACAGAAAACGUUACUUGUCAGAGACACCGGAAAUGACUGUCGAUGAGUGGCCGGAGUGGCUUCCAGCUGACUGGAUGAUACAAAUCAGAAAGAUCGAUGACCGGAAAGUCAAGUGUUACAUUGAUCCUGCAGGACGCAAAUUCUAUUCGAAGCCCCAAGUGGAUCGGCAUUUUAGGACCCUCGAAAACAGGGCAGACAACGAGAAGACUAACAAUGUCGAUGGCCAAACUUUAGACUUAUCUCUAGAGCCAGAUGAAGAUGUUCCCCAUACAAAUGAAGAUCUUGAACCUGAACCUGAAUCAACACCCAAAGGACAGUCUACUAGACAGAGGAGACCUGGAAGUAGCAGCAAGAAUUACAAGGAUACUGAAGAGCUUUUCCCUCGAGAUGGAUCUUCCUCUGUGGCUUGGCUACCUGUUGGAUGGGGUGUGGAAGUGAAGAGUAAAAAGUCUGGACAAAAAUAUAAGAUUUACAUCGAUCCCAAAGGGAAAAAAUUCUUUUCAAAGCCUCAGGUUUUGAGUUAUCUUAGUGGUACAAUCAGCAGUCCAGCUGGACAUAAAAAAGGAUAUAAAACCCCUACUCAACCUGUGAAGUCCCAGAUUUCUUCAGCCAAGAACAAUGAAACCAGAGAGAUUACAGAAAGCGCCCGCAUGGCCCCUGAUUAUGAAGUUAUCUCAAGUACUCCAGCAGAUGGGUUGCCCCCAGGAUGGAUAAAAGAAAUCAGAGUGAGAAACGGAUCAUCUGGGAAGAAAAGAGAUCCGUACUACCUAGACCCUUUGAGUGGCUAUGUAUUUUUCUCAAAAUUGGAUGCUUUGCGGUAUCUGGAUACUGGAGAUGUAAAGAAAUGUUCCGUUAAACCACUGAGAAGGGAUAUGAAUCAUGAACUCAUUCAAGCUGCUGAUGAUGAGCCAGAAGGAGAAUUGGCUUCACCAUCUGAACCAACCAAAGAAACAGAAACUCCCAAAGAGGUAGAAAAUGGUGGUGUUACAGAGUCAAAACCAGAAGGAACUGGUACAGAAAAGAGAAAAGUUCGGUCUAUAACUGGAGAUGGAUAUAUUCCCAUGCCCAAAUCUAUAACUGGAGAUGGACAUCUUCCCAUGCCUAAACCAGCCCAAAAAGGUGAAGCAUGGCUACCUGAAGGAUGGGUUGUUGAAAUGAAGUCUCGUAAUGAUAAGAAAAUUAAGUGUUACAAGGAAAUUGCAACUGGGAAAAACUUCUAUUCAAGACCACAAGUGAUGACCUAUCUUGGUAAUACCAGUGGCAUUAGCCCCAACAGCAACACCAACUCCCAAAAGAGAAAAAAGGUACGAAAAUCCUACGUGGAGCGUGACUCAUCACCGGAUUCAGGCUCUGAGGAAUAUACACGCCCAAAAAGAUCCAAAAAAGAUGUAUCCGAUUACAAAGAAACUAUCGUAACGACUCCGGCGGAAGGGUUACCGCCAGGUUGGAUAAAAGAAAUCAGAUCUCGGCUAUGCGGGACCACCAUAAGAAAAGAUCCGUAUUACACGGAUCCUGUGAGUGGCUACAUCUUUCGUUCAAAAUUGGAUGCUUUGAGGUAUUUGGACACCGGGGAUAUAAAUUUGUGUGCUAUUAGACCAAGGAAAAAGGAUGCUGAUGGAAAUGAAGUUGCCAUCCCUGAUACCACACCAAAACCACCCAAACUUCAGAAACAACUCUCUGAAGGGGGAUCUGAUAUGGAAGGUAUUGACAUGGACAAAGAAGCUGACAACUCGGAGACUGAUCGCAAGAAUACCGAAAAUACCCCUGGGUCUACUCCCAUAAGGAGAGGCGCACGUGAGAGGGCUUCAAAGAUGAAGCCCUCAGCUGCCCCUUUGCCUGCCCGAUCUUCAACACGGCUAAAAGGGGUGAAGCCACCACAUACUAAAACCGACACGUCAUUGGAUGGAAACGAUAACGGGGCAGGGGUAGAUGUGGAAAAACAAGUUGGUAAUGAAGAGCAACUUGACUACCAACUUGAGGAUGAUUCUAGUUGGACCGAUCAGUUUGACUUUGCAGUGAAGACACUUGUGGGUGAAUUUCCGCCCGAUGAAAAUGGCGGUGUGGGGAACGGAAGUGCUGCAAAGGUCAACUGAGAGGAGUGGUGGGUUUGUAUUUGUCAGGGGCGAAAAGGUAAUUUGACUUUUUAAAUUAUUAUCCAUAUUUGAACUUUGACUUAUGGAUGGAUCAUGGAUAUGUGUAGUUUAAGUUUAACUUAAGUAGUAGUUUGUUGUUGGGUUUGUGAAAAUUGGUAUCUCUUGUGAAAAAUAAUAAACUAGACUUGAAAGAAGCUUAGCUGUGAAUUUACAAGCUUUUUAGGAUAAGGAUAGGGAGGGUAUUUACGUCCUUUUGCGUAGACAGAGAGAUUGAAAUCCCACGACAAAAAGUUGCAGUUUUUGUCCUCUCCACAUCAGUUUUAGUUUUAGUCGCAGUCAAAUGAGGCUUAAAAGUAGUGUUUUUUUUUUUGAGCCAUGAUUACAAUUUUUAGGGG